AUGGCCAUCAAGGUUGGAAAGGAUAUAAAGGUUGGCACAAAAGAACUGAAAAGACUAAUGCCAAUUCCGUCUCCUCGCAGCCCAUCACUCAGCAACCACAGUUCACCUCAUAGCCACCGCAGUUCACCCCAUAGCCAUCACAGUUCAUCUCACAACUCAUCACCACCUCCAUCAAAUGGACCAUCCCCACAAAUGUCUCCAAGAUCAUCCCCAAAGAAAAAAACCAAGCCAAGUAACAGCCGCACAUCACCCAAGGACCCGUCAAGACGUCGAAAAUCCACAAGUCCGUCUUCAAGCAUGUAUGGCGUCAUUGACGAUCGUGAAUAUGCUUCCCUCACCUGCACACCCGUGCCAGCUCUCAUGGACUUAACAUAA